GGCUUCAUGGGAGUGGUAGUUUUGGGGCGGGCCUGGUGUGCACCGCGCGUCCGAGUUCAAUGGUCUUUCGGGUCAUAAUCGCGAGGCGUGACGGGAGCUGUAGUUCCGGGACUGGCCUGGCGGGCCGCGGAGACCGCUGGACGCGCCAAGGGGCAGUUACGAGAAAAAGUGGUGCCGCACGGUCCAUGGCCGCGGCUCGCGUCCCGCUCUGGGCAAUCUGUGUGCUGCGGGUGGCACUGGCCACCGUCUACUUCCAAGAGGAAUUUCUAGAUGGAGAGCGCUGGCGGAACCGAUGGGUGCAUUCCACUAAUGACUCACAAUUUGGGCAUUUUAGACUUUCGUCCGGGAAUUUUUAUGGUCAUAAAGAGAAAGACAAAGGUCUGCAAACCACGCAAAAUAGCCGAUUCUACGCCAUCUCUGCACGGUUCAAACCAUUUAGCAAUAAGGGGAAGACUCUGAUCAUUCAGUACACAGUGAAACAUGAGCAGAAGAUGGACUGCGGAGGGGGCUACAUUAAGCUGUUCCCUGCAGACGUGGAUCAGAAGAACCUGAAUGGGAAGUCCCAGUACUAUAUUAUGUUUGGACCUGAUAUUUGUGGAUUUGACAUCAAGACAGUUCAUGUUAUUUUACAUUUCAAGAAUCAGUAUCAUGCAAACAAGAAAUCAAUCAGGUGUAAGGUUGAUAGCUUUACACACCUCUACACUCUGGUUUUAAGACCAGACCUCACUUACGAAGUGAAAAUUGAUGGUCAGUCGAUUGAAUCCGGAAGCAUCGAGUAUGACUGGCAGUUAACGUCACUGAAGAAGAUGGAGAAGGCAUCAGCAGAGGCUGAGGGCUGGGACCAGGCUGCCAAGGACAAAUCCCAGGACUGGGAGAAGCAUUUUCUGGAUGCCAGCGCCAGCAAGCCGAGUGACUGGAAGGGUGAACUGGACGGGGACUGGCAGGCGGCCAUGCUCCAGAAGCCUCCAUACCAGGAUGGCCUGAAACCUGAGGGCAUAGACAAAGAUGUUUGGCUCCAUCAGAAGAUGAAAAACAGCUAUUUGACCGAAUACGAUCUCUCAGAAUUUGAGAACAUUGGUGCCGUUGGACUGGAGCUUUGGCAGGUGAGAUCCGGAACCAUCUUUGACAACUUCCUGAUCACAGAUGAUGAAGAGUAUGCUGAGAAUUUUGGCAAGGCCACCUGGGGUGAAACCAAGGGCCCAGAAAAGGAGAUGGAUGCCAUACAGGCCAAGGAAGAAGUGAAGAAGGCCCAGGAGGAAGAUGAGGACGACAUGUUGAUGGGCAGGUUCAGUGGGCGAGAAAAUAGCUUCAAAGCAUUCCACAGAAGGAAUGAGUUUUAGUCAUCCCCAUCCCAGAUAAAGAUGACUGGUCCCCCUUGUUCCAACCUCCCCCCAUCCUGGUACCCAGAAACAUUUCCUCUGGACAAACCCAAGUGCUGGAGGAAGCCCAAGGCCAGUGAGACUCUGGCCCAAAACACCACACUCUCUUCUUAAUCCCCCUCAAAUAUUUUAUUAAAAAAAGGUAGUAAAACUUACUUUGAGAAAGGAGAAAUGAUGCUUUAUUGCUUUGGGUUGUAAAUUACUGGGGCUUCCCUGAUAGCUCAGUUGGUACAGGAGACCCCGGUUUGAUUCCUGGGUUGGGAAGAUCUGCUGGAGAAGGGGUAGGCUAUCCACUCCAUUAUUCUUGGACUUCCCUUGUGGCUCAGCUGGUAAAGAAUCCACCUGCAGUGCGGGAGACCUGGGUUUGAUCCCUGGGUUGGGAAGAUCCUAAUAACAUGGGAAACUUUUCCAAUAUGGAAUCUUUAUGCAGCACCCUUGGUCUGGAAAGGUUUUGCAUGCCUCCCUUGCACGCUGGUUAUUCCAGAGAACCCAGGCCUUGUGUAUAGACGUUUAACAUUCCAUAAAGAAGGUGACGCUUUUCCCCCCACUCUGUGGCCCACUUCUAUGGCCGUUGGUUCUUUGUAAAACAGAGCAAUGAAAUCCAUUCUCUCAAGUGAAAAUAGUGAUACUUUGCAGUUUAAUAUUUUUUCCCUUAAAGCAAAUGACUUGCUUUGAAAAAGUCACACAUAGAGGGUUCUGUUUUGAAGAGCUCUGUUUUCACACAGAAAUUUGUGUUGGGAAUAAUCAAAUUUAAUACACCAAUUUCGGAAUUUGGAAUUUAGUCAUGUUACAAAGAAGCCAAAUAAAAUUGGAAAUGAUACAGAGCAUGUGGAUAAAUGAUUGGUGUGAAAAGUCUGACCAGGAAGUAAAGGUUGGGCAAGUUUUGUUCUGGCUUUGG